AUUUUCAUCUGGUAACACUAAUUACAAUUUUUGGGUUUUUUAGUGGUCAGAUCUAGCGUCGUCCGCGGAAAAAGUGUGAAAAUCAUAAUUAUCCGGGAGAUUGACUGUUAAUAUCGCGUGUCAAUAGUAAAUAUGCGCAAGCGUAAAUUGUACAUUAACUGAAAGAAAGCGAAUGCUAGCAGCAACGCCAGAAACUAAACAAGGAAUUGCAGCUGCAGUAUUGUCCUGACCCUACCCUACGCUGGAGUAGCAGCCUAACAUGGAUGUCAAGCGAGUCAAGCAUAGAGAUUAGCCGAAUCCUUUGAAUUUUAAAUUCAAGAUCCUAAUUUAAAUUAGCCAAGUAGCAUAACCGCAUAGCUUAUAGCACAAAAGCACCGAGGACCGGUUCCAAGCCGCAAAUUCCAAAUCCCAGUCCAGAUUCAAACCAAAUCAUCGAAAGGACACCAGCGAGAGCAUCCACUGCGGUAACCUAAGGGGCACUGCACACAAUCAUCAUGACGACCGACACCCGUCGUCGCGUCAAGUUGUACGCGUUGAAUGCGGAGCGUCAGUGGGAUGAUCGUGGCACUGGCCACGUCUCCUCCACCUAUGUGGAUAGGCUAAAAGGUAUCUCUCUUCUGGUUCGCGCCGAAUCCGAUGGAUCUCUGCUUUUGGAGAGCAAGAUUCAACCGGACACCGCCUACCAGAAGCAACAGGAUACAUUGAUCGUAUGGUCCGAGGGCGAUAAUUUCGAUCUGGCCCUGAGUUUUCAGGAGAAGGCUGGUUGUGACGAGAUAUGGGAAAAGAUAUGCCAGGUACAAGGCAAAGAUCCUUCGGUUGAAAUCACACAGGACAUUGUGGAGGAGUCGGAGGAUGAACGCUUUGAGGACAUGUCGGACACGGCGCCACCAAUAGAGCUGCCGCCUUGCGAACUCUCCCGGCUGGAAGACAUUUCGGAGACGAUACAGAGUUGUCUCUCUACGCCGCUUCGCAAGGAGAAGCUAUCGAUGGCCCUAGAGUCGGAAAGCUACAUUAAGAAGCUGCUGAACCUGUUCCACGUUUGCGAGGACCUGGACAACACUGAAGGUCUGCACCACCUGUUCGAGAUCUUCAAGAACAUCUUCUUGCUGAACAAAAACGCUCUUUUCGAGAUUAUGUUUGCGGAUGACACCAUCUUCGAUGUGGUUGGGUGUCUGGAGUACGAUCCCAGUGUGGCUCAGCCGAAAAAGCAUCGGCAGUAUUUGAAGCAGUUGGCCAAGUUCCGUGAGGCGGUACCGAUCAAGAACCAGGACCUACUAGCCAAGAUCCACCAGACGUUCCGGGUGCAGUACAUCCAGGACAUAAUCCUGCCCACGCCAUCGGUUUUUGUCGAGGACAACAUGCUGAACACACUGUCCAGUUUCAUUUUCUUCAAUAAGGUGGAGAUAGUUACAAUGAUCCAGGACGACGAGCGCUUUUUGCUCGAUGUGUUUGCUGUGCUUACGGAUCCGGCAACUGGGGACACGAAGCGCCGCGACACAGUUCUCUUUCUGAAGGAGUUCUGCAACUUUGCCCAGAACCUCCAACCACAAGGCAAGGACUCGUUCUAUAAGACGCUCACCUGCCUGGGAAUCCUGCAGGCGCUUGAACUCACGCUCGUAAUGAAUGACAAGAAGACGAAGUCCGCCUCCAUUGAUAUUCUCACGGCUAUAGUCGAGUUCUCGCCGCUGGUGGUGCGCAACUAUACGCUGAACCAGGCCAACAGGCCAGAGGGGGAUCGCAUGUUGCUGAACAUUGCCAUCGAACAAAUGCUUAAUGACUCGGAGCCGGAGCUGGGCAUUGCGGUACAGCUGAUGGGUAUUGUAAAGAUCCUAUUGGAGCCAGAAAACAUGCUAACCGAGAAGGGGGACUUUCUUAAUUUCUUCUACAAAUACAGUGUUCAGACGUUAGUGGCUCCAUUGAUGCUAAAUACGAUGGGUGACCGUCCGCAGAACGAGGACUAUCAGACGGCCCAGUUACUGGGUAUCGUUUUGGAUAUUUUGUCGUUUUGUGUGGAGCAUCAUAGUUACCACAUCAAGAACUUUUUGCUGCAAAAGGAUCUCCUCAAGCGAAUUCUGGUGCUAAUGAAGAGCACACAUACGUUCCUUGUCCUCGGCGCUCUGCGACUGUUGCGCAAGAUAAUUGCACUCAAGGAUGAGUUCUACAAUAGACACAUUGUAAAGUGCAAUCUGUUUGCGCCGGUGGUGGAUGCUUUUAUUCGCAACAACGGUCGGUAUAAUCUGCUAGAGUCGGCCAUUUUGGAGCUGUUUGAGUUUAUAAAACUCGAGGAUAUUCGCACCCUCUGCGUCUACUUUGUGGAGAACUUCAGCAAGAUAUUUGAUGAAAUCGAAUAUGUGCAGACAUUUAAGUACUUGAAGAACCGUUACGAUCAGUACCAAGAUCGGCUCAAAGACCGCGACAAGAUGGAGAACCGGACGGAUGGUGGCCUGCCCAUCAUCCGUAGCGGUGGUCGGUUUCGUCGAGAUCAGCGACAAAUGGAGGAAGAGGAGGAGAUGUGGUUCAACGAAGAGGACGAUUUCACUGAGGAAAUCGAUACGUACAGCAAUGUCAUCAAAUCCGUCAGCGAAAAGAAUGGCCCGCAAAAUCAGCAGAAAUCGUCUCCGCCGCACAGUACGUCACCGCACAGCGGCGGACUGCUGGGCAAUCUAAAUGCCACCGCGACAUCGACUGCCACAUCCUCCGCAUCGUCGGGCGCCCCAGUGGCCAGCGGCAGUAGUAGCCCCGAGGGUGCCAGCAUUGUCGAUGAGCAGACCCAGGCUGCGGUUCAUUUGGCCGCCGCUGCCAACAUCGCACUGCAACACCACCAGGAACAACAGCACCCAUUCCAGCAACAGACACAGCCUGAGAUUGCAGAGCUGCAACAGCAGCUAAGCGGCAGCGUGGAGGCGCCGCAGAACCAGGAACUAUCACAGUCAGCAACCGCUGCCAACAAUGCCUCACUCUCUUCGACAAACUCGUCGAUAGAGGCGUCCACCUCAUCGUCAUCGUCAUCGGCAUCAUCCUCCUCGUCCUCGUCAUCGUCAUCGUCCUCGCCACCAGGCAGCUCAUCGGCAGGCGCAUCUCUGUGCGAUUCCGCGACAGUGGCCGCCGUGGCAGCUUCACAGUUUCUCACCACAAUCGCCACUGCGAUGGCGGCAUCUGUGACGGCGGCGACUUCCGGUACGAGCAGCAGCAGUUCACCCAACCUAUCGCCAGCUCCGGCUGUUGCCAGUCCAGAUAUCGAGAGUGGCGAUGCUCAGUUGCCUCCCAGCGAUGACCUCAUUAGCUGCGCGGCUGCUGGGGGUGAACAGGAGCAGGAUGCGAGCAGCAGCUCAGAGAGUGCCAGCAGUGAAGCGGACAAGGCGACGGCUAAAAAGGGUCUGGUGGACUACGAAAGCGAUUCGGGCGAGGAUGAUUACGAAGAGGAAGAGGACUCUGAGGGGCCACAAGCACAAAAGCGCGCGCGUCUGGCAUAGUUGACAGAUGUUGUUGAGCACAGCAGCAGUAGCAGCAGCAGCAGUAGCAGCAGCAGCAGUAGUAGCGGGGGCAUCAAUUAUAAAUUAGUACACACAACAUAACAGAACACAACGGCUACACACACACACCACACACAUGCGGCAAACACAAGACGGACAGCAGAGGAUUUAUACACCAACGAACGUUAGGAUUGCAACAGCAACAACGUAGACAUCGGCAAAAGGCAGCAGAUGAUAGCACAGCAGUCACAGCGGUACGAUGUAAGAUUAAACAACAAGAAAAACAAAAAACAUUAUUAAAUUUUAGCAUACAUUUUUGUUUGAAAGAGGACGCAAAAGCAAAAACAAAACACCUAGAGUAAACAAGAAAUUAUAAACCUUACUUUACUAAAUUAAACCACUACAACAUAUAAAUAUAUAUAUAAAAUAUAUAUAUAUAUUCGAAAAAAAUAUAUGCAUAUGAAAGAAACACAGAGAUAACUACAACACUGAUCGGCAGCAUCCACCGGCAGAGAUAGAGAUGCUGCUCGAGACAGUUGGCAAAACAAACAUUAACGAAUCGAAACCAAAACAAAAUGUAUUUAGUAGUUAAGCCGGAACACUGUAGACCGCGGAGAAGAAUUGACAUGAGGAGGCCGUGGAGAAGCCGUCAGGCGGUGUGUAGGACAUUUGUAUACAGUCAGCAGCAUCAUCCAGUUAACAGUUCCUGUCAAGUCGGCUGCUGUUCUGGCCAAACAAAUGUUGCGUGGAAGAGAAGGGGAAGCCCACUUCAAAAGUGCAAUAAUUCGUUUUAGGUAUUUUAAAGACAAUUGCAAUAUUUACCUACAUUAGCUGUAUAACCUAGACUUAAAUCCUCAAUUACUUUUGAAAACGAUUUCAUGCCAAAAUCGCCCUAUCACACACAUUUACAGAGUUGUCUUCAAGUAUCACGAGGAGUGUGUUGCUUGUAAACAUCGUUGUAAUAAUUCGCAAACAACGUAAAUAAUUGUAAUUAAUAUUUAAUUUCGAAAUGGCAAACUAUUUCCACUAUUCCCUUUAAGGUUAUGUGUACACAAUCCUGUUGCAAUUGUUUUUUAAAUACCAAGUAGAGCGCCAGGUGGCCGACUUGACAAAUUUUGUUAAUCCUUUUGGGUUAGUCGUGGAUAUCACUGAACCUUGUAUAUAAUUUAGUCAGUCUUUAUGCUCCCAAUAAGUAACUGCCCUAGCACCAUCCCCUGGCGAUUUAACAUUAAGAACAGACAAUUGGACAGCCAAGAAAGUUAAUUUUUAUGUCGAGGAUGUAUUGGAUUAACUAACUGCGAGUUCCUUCGGGGGAAUCUUUUAGGACAGAGCAAACCGUUGUCUGACUGUGUUUACAAUUGCAAACAAUUGUUGGCGUUACCUUUGCAUUAUAAAACACACCACGCCACACAAACACACAUCAAUAAAUAACUAAUUAUAAUGAUAACAAAUAGAGUGUAAUGUUAAACUAAAGCGGCGGGCAAA